AUGGCGCUAAAGACUGACUUCGCCGUCAGUGAUAACUACAACUACCUGGAGGGACUUGGGAACUACCAUCAGUCCGAAGCCUUCCCGGGCGCGAAUUCUCAUGUCAACAACAGUCCCCAGAAACCACCCUAUGGCCUCAAAACGGAGCGCAUAAGCGGAACCUCCUUCACAGCACCACGCGAACAGAAUCUGCAAACAUGGAUGUACCGUGCAACACCGUCCCUGUUCCAUUCUGAGUACGUCCCUUACGAUGACGCUCAUACCCCAAACCCUCCGACUUUCCUCUCACCCAACUCGUACAUGUGGCCUACCUUCCCCACCGAAUCAGGAGUAGAUUGGGUAUCAUCUCAGAAGCUCCUCGCUCGUAAUGGUGAUCCUGCGGGCAAGGAAGGUCUUGCUAUCUGGACCUUCAGCAUCACCAAUGCGAUGAGAGACAACACCGCCUUCUCGUCUAUUGAUGGCGACUGCCUCAUCAUCCCCCAAUCUGGGGGCCUCGACAUCCAAACCGAAUUCGGUAAGCUUCUGGUACGGCAAAACGAGAUCUGUGUGAUUCCUCGUGGAAUUCGCUACCGCGUAGCUUUACCUAAUGGCCCAGCUCAUGGCUUCAUCUGCGAACUAUUUCAAUCGCACUUCCAACUACCCGGUCUCGGAAUAGUAGGCUCGACGGGACUCGCCAAUCAGCGCGACUUUCAGAUCCCUGUGGCAUUCUUCGACGGUCAGCUUCGGGAGGACGUUGCGGUCGCCAAUGACACCGAGUGGACGCUCAUCAGCCGCCAAGCUGCUCGCCUCUGGACCUGCACGCAGGACCACACACCCUUCGACGUUGCCGCCUGGCACGGCACAAACUAUCCAUUCAAGUACGACCUUGCCAAGUUCUGUGUGUUGGGCAAUGUCCUCUUUGACGAGCACGAUCCAUGUCUGUACACUGUUCUGACGGCGCCGGCGCACAGAGAGCCGGGAAACGCGGUGGUGGACUUUGCCAUCAUCCCGCCGCGGUGGAUGGCGAGCGAGGACACACUGUGGCUACCGUAUUAUCAUCGCAAUACCAUGAACGAGUUCUAUGCACCUAUUGUCAACAAUCAAGAUGGAGAUUAUCCAUUCAAUCAAGACCGCGGAAAAGGCUUCAAGCCGUUUGGAGCUGGGCUGAAUGGAGGUAUGGUAGUGCAUGGUGCUACUGCCGAGGACCUGGAGAAAGCGAGUACCUCUGACACGAGCACACCGGCAAAGGUCAUGAUGGAUGGAAUCACUAUCUUCCUGCUUGAGACAGAGAAGCCGCUGUACAUCAGCGACUGGGCGGCGGAGAUGGCACAGCAGAACUUCAAGGCGAAGGAAGCCAGGCCGAAAAGCGAUUCUAGACUGUGA